ACACCCUGCACGCCAGACGUGGCCAACGAGAGAGCGCCGACCGCCAAUGCCUCAUUUCCGAACUUGCUUCAUGGGUGUGCCAUCGCGUCAAGGGGCUCCGCUGGACGCAGACAAGGCGCCGUUCGAAGCCGUGCUGCGCAAGCUUCCGUCGCCGGUCGACUUUGCACUGCGACAUCAACUGCCGUACGACGUGCCGCCGCUCGUGCGCGUCACUGGCCUCAAAGAAGGACUAUCCCUCCCGCUGCGAUCGGCCGACGCCGACGCCGUCCUCGCUGCGUACCCGUCGGGGAUUGUGCCCGCACCGCGCGUCUCGUUUAUGAACCCCGACUGGCCCGACACGAUCGAGCGCUGCGUGCUGCCGUACGUCCGCCGCCGACUCGGGUGCACCGUCGUGUUGAAGGCGGUCUUCUCACGCUUUGUCGUGGACAAAGUCGGCUCGAAUUCCGUGCUUGCGCCCGCCCAACGGUCGCCGAGAACGUUUGGGACGCUGCUCAUCGCAUUGUCGUCGCAGGUGGAAGGCGGUGUCGUCUCGUUCACUUAUGAGGACAAGGUCCACGACUGGACAGCGCUGGCGAGCUCGACCCUCACGCGCUUUACAUUUGCAGCGACAACGCUCGCAGCAACCAUCACGACGACGCCCGUGACGAAGGGGCACCGCGUCCUGGCCGUCUACCACCUUGUGUACGCUAACGAGCAAAUGGCCUUUCUCCCGACGCCGACGCCCAUGGACGAAGCGAUCGCGCGGCUCGUGGCCGCGGCGACCUCGCCGCUCUCUCCCAAGUACAACGUCAUGGGCUACCAUUUGAAGGACGGCUGUUACGCCAACUCGUUCGACGACCUUGACGGCCGGGACCUCGCGUUCGCCCAGGCGCUCGUGGCCUCCAACGUCUAUGACGUGGCGCUCGCGCUGUUCCGAGAGCCGAGCGCGCAGCAGGCGGUCAGUGUGGUGUCGGCGACGCUGCACCCCACGCUGCAUCUGCCAUGUUUGACGCUUCAAGGCGUCGACGUACCGGCAUUCCUCUAUAACGGGGACGUCAAGAGCACCACCUUUACGUACCGCAGCACGGGCCUCGUCUUUUGGCGCAAGACGCACCGCGUGCGUCUCGUCGGCAUCGACGCCGCGGUGCGCACGCUCCACGAACGGUCCGCGCACGCUGACGGAACGUUCUGCGGCCACCUGACGUUAUCAUCGUUGGCCCGCGCCAUCUUUGAGCUUGUCGGGCCGCACGACUUUAUCGUCUGGGCGCCGUUCGGUGGGCCUCGGACCUUUUGCGCGGCGCUCGUCGACGGCCUCAACGCACUUGAUGACGCGUCGCUCGUCAACGCUUUCUGGCGCAACCACGUCGGUGUCCGCGACGAGAUGCCGCUCGAGGCGCUCGCGCCCGCGAUGCACGCGGCCCUCCAGCAGUUUGGCCCCGAAGAGCUCAUCGACGCGCUUAGCGUCGUGCUCCUGCGCUGGGGCGCCUCGUGGGCGGGCCUCUCGUUCGGCUACCGGCUCCUCGCGAGCUUGGCCGGCGUCUCGGUCGCGCCUGUCUGUCCUCGCCUCGAUGCGCCGUUCGCACGCGAGUACGUCCAGCACGGCUUUGCGUCCCUCUUGCAGUCGUGCGUUGCUCAAAAGGUUCCGAAGCUCAAGCAGGAUGCAGAUGAGGACGACGACGACGACGAAGACGAGGAAGACGAGGCGAAUGGGACGUAUGACACCAUGAUGGCGAUCGUCCGGGAUGGCAUUCCUCUCGAGCACUACCUCUGGCGGGGCCCGCUCGACGGCGCGCGGCUGCAAGGACAGCUUCCGGAUGCUCUCGUCCGCACGACGCUCGAGUACCAGCUGCCGACGCUGCGCGUCGAGGCCAUGGCUGCCAUGUACCCGGGGUUCUUUGACCCACUGCGCACCCUCACGCCAGCGUACGCGGCCUUGCAGCACACACACGACUUGUCGCUCGACUGGCUCAAGACGUCCGUGCUCGCCGAAGUGCCCGACGGCUCGAUCGGGUUUGGCCCGCCCGUAUCCUCGAUCGUCGCGAUGGUGCGAGUCCUUGACGCGCAAAAGAUGCUCACAGAAGAGAUGCUGCGACGUCGGCUCUAUUGCGCGUGGGGACCGUACUUGGCGGCCGCGAUCGCCGUCUUCCUCCAGACGACGCCGCCGAACGACGUGGGGCCGUGCGUCGCGAUCUUCGCGUACCUCGUGUCGCUGCACAAGAUCCUGCUCGAGAUCAACGUGCUCCUGACGCACUACGCGCAGCUAACGCAAACGACCGUCAGUAGCACCGACGUUCUCGGCUUGCUCAUUUUGGAUGCGCUCGACGUGUACGAGGCGCACGCGCCAGCGCUCCUCGACAGCUUCGUGUCGCACUGGCUCGACGCAGCCGCCAAUGACAUUGCGGCGCACCGGACCAUGGUCUGGACAGUCCUUACCAAGCUACAGCAGCGACUGCCGAAGAAGGUCGCGCUCUACCGCAAAAUCGCGACGGCCUCUCGUCGCAUGCUUGCCGGUGACGCGGCGCCGUUGCCGGACUUUAGCCAGCGCGACUUGGUGCUUGACUGCAACUGCCACUGCUGCGCCGAGCUCCAAGAGUUUGUACUGGCGCCGCGACAGGACCGCGUCGUCCUCGAGUGGACGCACGCGCAACCGCUGUGCGCGACCGCCCGCGACGUGGUCGUCGCCCACCCGACGCGCCUGCGCCUGAGCGAAUACGAGACCAAGGACGUCGUCCAAGGAACCUUUACCAAGCUCGACUACGACGCCAACAGCUUUGCGAUCUUGCGUGCGCUGCAAGAGCGCGACAGCGAUGCCAGCAAGGUGCGAAUGCUCACGCGACGCCUGCGCGAGCUCGACGCUGUGCCCUAACCCCAGCCCUAGCCCUCGCCAUCAUCCGUCACUGCUACGUGUAAUGCAGUUUGUCUUUACGAUCGA